AUGCUAACUGGUCUGCUAGCCCAUAGGAAAAGCAAGCAUGAGCUUGCCUAUGUCGUGACGAAAAUGCUUAGAUGGCCUCUGAUUUUGCCGGUAUUCCCUCGAUUGGCUCUUCUAGGAUUCACACUCUGUCAACCUCUUCUGGUUGGUAGACUCUUAGACUUCUUGCAUAAGUCAGAUCAUCAGAAAUCCAUCAACAUUGGCUACGGCCUCGUUGGUGCUUAUGCAGUCGUGUACUUUGGCAUGGCAGUCUCGAAUAGUCUCUAUUCUCAUCGUUCCUUCAAAUUUCUUACAAUGCUUCGGGGGACCCUUGUGUCCGCAAUCUACACUAAGACCACCGAGAUCGGUAUCAGUGCCCUUGAUGACUCAGCCGCUGUUACCCUUAUGAGCACAGAUGUGGAAAGAUUAGUGAAAGGUCUUCGGGGCAUGCAUGAUCUUUGGGCGAACACUAUCCAAUUCAUUCUGGCCACAUGGCUACUGGGGGAGAAGCUCGGGUGGGCCUGCGUUGCCCCCAUUAUAGUGACAAUAGUGUCUGCCGCCAUAACCUUGCGCCUCUCGUCCACGACGCAGAAAAGGCAGCUCAAGUGGAUCAUGCGGAUUCAAAAGCGAAUUGGUGUCACUUCGACUAUGCUUGCAUCCAUUAAGGGUAUUAAGAUAGCGGGUUUGACUAAAACGCUGACGGACUUGAUCCAAAAUCUACGAAAGGAUGAAGUCAAAGAUGCAGAAGGCUUCUGGUUACUCGGCGCAUAUACCUCUACGUUGGGAUUUGUUCCCCUUAUGAUAUCACCCGUCGCUACAUUUGCCAUCUUCGCCAUCAUUGCGGCUAAAAAUCACUCUACCCUGGACCCUCCACGCCUCUUUACAUCCUUGUCGUUGUUGAUGCUUCUGACGCAGCCACUGUUCUCUCUAUUCGGCGAUAUUGUCGACCUCAGAGCUACAUUUGGAUGCUUUGAAAGGAUUGAGAAGUUUCUGCUAUCCGACACUAGAUCCGAUCAUCGGCUUGUCUCGUCCCCUCCAGGCACAGCUUCCAGUCGGAAUUCCCAGUCAGGACAACCGUACAGUAAUCAGGCUUGGGAUGCAUCGACGGACAACAUCGAGCUCGUUAGCAUGGCUCAAGCAUCCAGAAGUCGGAAGAACAUGCCGUCUAGCUUCGCAAUCGUAAGCGUACGAGAUGGCGCCUUCGGUUGGAAACAAGACGGGGAAACCAUAUUGCGAGACAUAAAUCUGGAAAUCAGGUCAUCGGAGCUGACGUUAUUGAUUGGUCCCGUUGCUUCGGGAAAGUCCACAUUGCUGAAAGCCAUUCUGGGUGAAACCCCAAGCUCAAAGGGCUUCGUUCAUGUCUCAACCCUUGAUAUAGCGUGGUGCGAGCAAACACCGUGGCUUUCAAACUCUUCCGUCCGCCAGACCAUUCUUGGGUUCUCGAAUUUCAAUCCGGAGCAUUACAACUGUGAUCUCGAUAAUGAUAUCAACUCUUUUCCGCAUGGGGAUCAGACUAUCGUAGGAAGUAAUGGUAUAUCCUUGAGCAGCGGCCAGAAGCAAAGACUCGCAAUCGCCCGAGCAGUCUACUCUAAGAGAAAACUUGCAAUCUUCGAUGAUGUAUUCAGUAGCAUGGAUGCCACUACUCAGAGCAACGUUUUUAAUCGUCUGUUUGGGUCUCAUGGCUUAUUGCGUCAAUGGAGGACGACCGCGAUUAUCGCUACCCACGCAGUGACACUUUUUCCACAUGCUGAUCGCAUCAUUGCUCUUGGAACGAAUGGGAGAAUAACAGAGCAGGGCACCUUCGACGAGAUGAAUGCUGCUGAUGGAUACGUUCGGAGCUUUUGCCUCAAGAACCGCGAUGAAGGGCCUGCUGAUGAGAUAACGCCGGCUGAUGCAGAUACAACUAUCGCUUCAACUUCAGCCCUGAAGAAAGACUCGAAAUCAGCAGUUGCCGGAAACAAAACUCGGCAACUCGGCGAUUGGUCAGUCUACUGCUAUUAUUUCCAAGCCAUUGGUUGGAAGUUGACUUGUGUCUUCUUCCUUCUGGAGAUAUGCUGGGCAUUCUUUUCUACAUUUCCAACUAUCUGGUUAAAGUGGUACUCUGAUUCUAACUCUGCAAAACCGAACCAGCAUACCGGAUACUAUCUAGGUGUGUAUGCAGCUCUGCAGGCCAUUGGGCUGGUUGGGUUUGCAUUCUUGACAUGGUUCUCGUUCAACAUCAUGGCCAUGAGGGCCGGCAUGAAGCUACAUGAGAUUACUCUGAAGACAGUGAUGGCAGCUCCGAUGUCAUUCUUUAGCACGAUAGACACCGGAUCUAUUGUCACUAGGUUUAGCCAGGAUAUGCAGCUCAUCGAUGGCAGCCUUCCGCUGGCCCUCAUGGCCGUUGCAGCAAAUCUUCUCAUUUGCCUCGGCCAAAUGGCACUCAUCGCAUCUGCUGCAUACUAUGUGGCCAUCAGCUUUCCGCUACUCUUAGCUGCAUUUUAUUCGGUGCAGAAAUACUAUCUGAGGACGUCUAGACAAAUGCGCUUCCUAGAUCUGGAAGAGAAAGCACCAGUCUACACACAGUUCAUUGAGUCUCUGAGUGGGCUUGCGACUAUACGAGCGUUCUCCUGGCAGAAGCCUUCCAUCGAGCACAACCAUAAGCUGGUCGACAAUUCUCAAAAGCCGUUCUACCUUCUUUUCAUGAUCCAAACUUGGCUCACCUUGGUCCUCGACCUCAUCACCAUGGCACUCGCUAUUCUUGUAGUAGCAAUCGCCGUGAAGAUGCGCGACACCAUCUCCGUCGGAUUUACCGGUGUUUCACUCACCCAGAUCAUCUCUUUCACUGCGAAUUUGAAGUUGUGUUUGUUAUUCUGGACCCAACUGGAGACGUCGAUAGGUGCCGUAGCUCGGGUUAAACAGUUCAGCAAUAGCACCGCAAACGAGAAUCUGGCGUCGGAGAAUCAGGAACCACCGGCGGAAUGGCCACAAACUGGUAUGGUCAAGAUCGAGCACGUUUCUGCAGCGUACAGUGCGGGUGGCAACAAAGCGUUGGACGAUAUCUCACUCUCUGUGCGCUCUGGCGAGAAGAUCGGCAUUUGUGGUCGGACUGGCAGUGGCAAGAGCACCCUCACACUUGCGCUUUUCCGCAUGAUCGAGCUUACAGCAGGGAGAAUCACCAUCGACGGUCUCGAUAUAUGCACCAUGCCAAGACAUCAAGUUCGCUCUCGGCUUAACGCAAUGGGUCCAGACCCCUACUUUCUCAAUGGGACUGUCCGCUUAAACCUCGACCCACAUGGCAACAUUACAGAUGACACGAUGGCCGCAGCUCUCAAGAAGGUACAGCUGUGGGACAUGCUGUCGCCCAAAGGCGGACUAGACGCUGAAUAUGCAGAUGAUACGUUCAGCCAUGGGCAGAAGCAGUUGUUUUGCCUGGCUAGAGCAAUGCUGCGAUCCGGGAAAAUAGUGAUAAUGGAUGAAGUGACGAGCAGCGUCGACCUGGAUACAGAUGCGUUGAUGCAGUCUCUCAUCCAUACCGAGCUCCAACAUUGUACUGUCAUAACUAUCGCGCACCGUAUCGAAACGAUCCUGGACUAUGACCGCGUCGUUGUUAUGGAUAAGGGAAUGAUCGCUGAAGCCGGGAAACCACAGCAGCUUAUGGAGAAAGAUUCGAUGUUCAAGGCAUUUUACGAGUCUUCUCGAAUCGAUCGACGUGGGAAGGGGAAAGGGAAAGCUCUGGAGGUCUAG